GGUAAUCUCCUGUUCAGGGAAAGUGAAACUAAAGUGUAGUCGAGUGGUUGUGUGUUUGUGUCUCUGGAUUCAAGCAGUAAAAUGGCAGAAGCCAGAAUUUCAGUGGAUCAAAAUGAGUUCCUGUGUCCAGUGUGUCUGGAUCUCCUGAAGGAUCCUGUGACUACUUCCUGUGGACACAGUUACUGUAAGAUCUGUAUUACAGACUGCUGGGAUCAGGAGGAUCGGAAGAAAGUCUACAGCUGUCCUCAGUGCAGACAGACCUUCAGUCCAAGACCUGCUUUAGCUAGAAACACUAUUCUGGCUGAAAUGGUGGAGAAACUGAAGAAGACUAAACUUCCUGUUGACUGUGACGCUGGAGCUGGAGAUGGAGAUGUUAAGUGUGACGUCUGUACUGGAAGAAAAUACAAAGCCGUCAAGUCCUGUCUGAACUGUCAGGAAUCUUACUGUCAAACUCAUUUUGAUCAUCAUGAGGAGUUUCAUUCACGUAAACCACACAAAGUGACAGAAGCCACUGGACGACUGCAGGAGAUGAUCUGCCAGAAACAUGACAAGCUCCUUGAGGUUUUCUGUCUUACUGAUCAGAAAUGUAUAUGUGUGCUGUGUAUGGAUGAACAUAAAAACCACAACACUAUAUCAGCUGCAGCACAGAGGACAGAAAAACAGACGCAGUUAAAGGAGCUGCAGAAGCAGUUAGAGGAGAGCAUCCAGCAGAGAGAGAAAGAUCUCCAGCAGCUGAGAGAGACUGUGGAGUCUCAGAAGCGCUCUGCACAGACAGCAGUGGAAGACAGUGAGAUGAUCUUUACUGAGCUCAUCCGCUCCAUUAAGAGAAGCCACUCUGAGAGAGACGCUGAGCUGGAGCAACUUUCACACACACAGGAUCACAUCCAGUUCCUGCAGAGUUUCCAGUCUCUCUCAUCACCUCCUGAAUCUAAAGAUGAUCCCAUUAUUCCCUUCAGUUCUCUCUUCUCUUUUGACGGUGUGAGAGAAUCUGUCCAUCAGCUGAGAGACAAACUGGAGGAUUUCUGCAAAAAGGGUCUCAAAAAGAUCUCAGACAGAGUCACAUUUACCACCUUUAUUCCCUGGACCAAGAACGACUUCCUACAGUAUUCACACCAGUUCACUCUGGAUCUGAACACAGUGAAUAAACGUCUCUGUCUGGCUGCAGGGAACAGAGAGAUUACGUAUACUGACAAAGUCCAGCCGUAUCCUGAUCAUCCAGACAGAUUUGAUGAAUAUAAUCCUCAAGUGUUGUGUAGAGAGAGUGUGUGUGGACGCUGUUACUGGGAGAUUGAGUGGAGUGGGAUUGUGUGUAUAUCAGUGUCAUAUAAGAGCAUCAGCAGGAAGGGACAGGGUAAAGAAUGUUGGUUUGGAUCUAAUGAUCAGUCCUGGAGUUUGAUCUGCUUUCCCUCCAGUUACUCAUUCAGACACAAUAACAUAGUGACUGAUGUCUCUGUGAAGCCCAUCAGCAGAAGAAUAGGAGUGUUUGUGGAUCACGGUGCAGGAACUCUGUCCUUCUACAGCGUCUCCAGAAACACAAUGAUCCUCAUCCACACAGUCCAGACCACAUUCACUCAGCCACUCUAUCCUGGGUUUGGGGUGUAUCAUGGGUUUUCUGUUUAUACUGGAUUUACAGUUUAUUCUGGGAAUACUAGGGCUGAUUUUAAAUCAUCACUGAAACUGUGUGAAUGAAUCAGAAUAGAUUGUAGAGAGAUUCUACCCAUAAUGCUUUGAGCUGCAUGAUAAAUCAGUAACAGUGAGGUCUUAUAGAGUCUCUUCAUGACAUUAAUACUGCAGCUGAACAUCUGUCACUGAAAUAACUGUCAGAAUUAGUGUAAUAAAUCCUCACAUAGACAGUAAAAUCUGUGUGUGUGUGUGUGUGUGUGUUUGUGUCUUGCUGAGUGAUGAUGUUUAUCCGUGCUUUUCUCAAACUAUUUGUUUUUAUUGUCAUUUCACAUCAAUCAUUUGUAUUACUAGAAAAACAUAUUUUCAUUUGAAAAGGAAUUUUGACAAACAUGAUUCAUAAAGGACAUGUCAUUUUAUAUUUUCUUUCAUUUGAUUUGUGCAGAAACAAUAAAACAGUGACAAACCAG